CUAUACUUUAUACAAAAAAAGUGGCAACACUGUGUCACACAAACAUAUAGCUGGAUGCAGGUUUAUGUUCAUUGCACCAAUAUUGAAGGAAGUCCCAGUAUUCUGUAAGAUUUCAAAAAUCAAUAAUGUCUAAACAAAAGUGUACAGAAUUGUUAAUAGUAGUGGGAAUUAGCGGAGUCACUUGUGGUGGUAAAACAACAACAGCUAAAAAAUUAAGAGCUUUAUUACCAAAAGCUACAAUUAUUUCGCAAGAUGAUUAUUUUUUGAAUGAGAAUGAUCCUCGACACAUUUGGAUUCCGGAAUUAAAUCAUGCUAAUUGGGAUGUUAUAACUAGUUUGGAUAUGGAAAGGAUGUACCGUGAUAUUUCCCUGCUUCUAAAGAAUGAUAGUUCUAGGAGAGUCAUUCACAAUUUCCAAAAAAUAAGAAGACCAGUUCAUGAUAUUAAUUAUAUCUGUGAUAUUUUAAAAACAGCUAAGCUGAAAGUUAUAAUAGUUGAAGGUUUUUGUAUAUUUAAUUACAAACCACUGCUGCAAUUUUUUGAUCUGAAGUAUUACUUUACAUUAACUAAAGAAGAGUGUUUUGAAAGAAGGGAGCUACGAACUUAUGAUCCACCAGAUUGCCCCGGUUAUUUUGAUCUUUGUGCCUGGCCUGAACAUCUUAAUCAACUAGAAGAAGUACGAAAAACAGUAGAUGGUAUUAAUUUUUGUAGUGGUAAAGAAGAUGUUUUAGAAGAUAUUCUUAGGGAUAUUUUCUUUUUAUAUAGCAGCAUUUAAAGUAUUUUACUGUAUUCCAUGUACUUAUUUUCUUAGAAAAUUGUUUUUGUUGCUAAGCUUUUUUGAUAUAAAAGUUAAUUGUAUUAAAUUAAUAAAAAAUGUAAAAAUUUCCUUAUGACAAUUUUGGCCAAGCUUUUGUUUAUUGUUAUAAAUAUACUUAUUUUUGUUAAAGUUUAUUUUGUUUUAAAUAGGCAGGGAAUUGUAAAUAUAUUGUAUGAAUUGUUAUAAAUGUGAAUUUCUCUGAAUGAACUCAGAAUAUGAAUAAAAAUAAAACUCUUACUUAAGGGAGCUGUCAGGCUGAUCAUUCCA